UUUGGCAAAGGCCAGCAACAGGACAAGAGGUAAGUUUUAUAACUUUUACCCAUCCAAUUCAACCAAGCUCUGUAAAGAACACAGUUUUCAGAGGUUACAAACGCAAUAUUGAUAGGGAACAAGAUGAAAAUGUACGUUCUUGGCUCAGCUUAAACAAGAUAAGCGAGAAAUAUUUUUGCAGUGUAUGUAUAUGUUUUAAUGGUGAUGCUAGCAACCUUUUUGUGGCUUGAUGUCCAUUAGACCGAACCGGAAGAUCGCACCAUCUACACAACAUUAAUAGACAUGAACUAUCAGUCGCCCACUCUGCAACAUUAGACACAUUCUUUAUCUCUAAAGCAGGAAAAUCUACUUGUUGCCUUCUAGACCAAAGCAUUAAAACAGCUGUUGACCCAAACCGUUUUGUUCUUAAAAGCAUAAUAAAAUCUUUUCGGACUCUUGUUAUACAAGACCUACCAUGGCGUGGGCACCGAAACGAAAAUGCUACCGCUAUUUUAAAACCUUAUUUGCGGCAUGGAAACCUUCAAGCCUUGUUAAAACUUCUCAUAGCAGUGGAUCCGAUGCUAAAUAAACACUUGAGGCAGCUGUCAGCAACUGAAAAAACAUACCAAAAACCUAAGUUUGGUGAAAAAUCUGGAGCAGGGGAUCAAAAAUUACAUGGCUUAGUAUCUAUACUUUUAAUGAACUACUGAAAGUGUUCACUACUGAAAUACAAAAGCGAAUUAUAAUAAUAAUAUAUAAAAAUUGAGUUUUUAGUAUACAAGCUGAUUCAACAACAGAUAUAGCUCUAUGCAACCAGAUGUGUUUUGUAAUUCGUACCAUUCAAAAGCAACACCAAGAAGCAAUCAAUAAAUACGUUUCUUACGUUCCAUUAUGCAAUAUCAUUGAAGAGAGGUUGAUUGAUGUGUGUGAAAUAACUCGUGGAAGAGCAACAAAUUUAUUUACAGACAUAUCUGAUAUGUUGGACAAAACAAACCUUGACUGGAAAGCAAAUUGCAUUUUGCACUGUUUCGAUGGGGCAUCAGUGAUGACAAAGCUAGCGGACCAUUUUUGAGAAGCUACUCAAAAUGUAAAUCAACACAUAUGGUGUCAUUCACAUCGUCUUAGCCUUGCUGUUGUUGACCAUUGUAGCCUUAUUGAUCAUCCUUCCGUUCAGCAGCUGUUCUCUAUGCUUCAAAACCUAUUUAACUUUGUAAACACAGGUUACAAGAGAUGUGCAGUAUUUGUGAAUACAGUCAACGGAAGCAAGCAUAAUCAGGGUAAAGUAGAAAGUUGGCUAAAUUUCUUACGCGUAAGUGGCAAGGAAGAUGCAAAGCUGUAACUAGUUUAAUAGGUAGAUUUAACAGUGAGGAUGCCGAGAAGCAAGUUAAUGAUGGAUUAAUCGUUCAAUUAAUCACUUAACUUUGGACUUAAUUGCUGCUGACACUGAUUUCAAUGUAGAAACGCGAGGAACAUCCUUUGCGCUUCUUCAACAAGUUCUACGAAAGGAGAGUAUAAUUUUAACUAUAUUAUAUUCCCAGAUGAUGUCUCAUGUGGAUGAGUUAAUGUCAAUAAUGCAGUUUCGAGAUAGCAAUUAUUCCAGCGUAAAUCAAUUAAUCUCUGCAACCCUGUUGAAAUUGGAAUAAACUGGAAAAAAAUUUGACCACUUCUGGAGAUAUGCUGAUUCAUAUUGCAAGCUACUUCAAAGAAAUGUAUAUGUUAUCAUGAAAUUAGAUCUUGAAAACUCAGAGAUGAAAAAUAAUUUAGAACGUUUAGUGGUAUCAUACGGAAAUGGUGGUGGCAGUGUCCGUAUGAAACAGCUAUAUGCGUUUCCGAGAUCGGCAUUUGAAGAAAUACGUUCUUUAAUAUUCGGUAAUAUAUUAACAGAGAUGCGUGCCCGAUUUAGUGAUAAAGGCUGCAAAGAUUUAAAUACUUUGUGUUCAAUUGUAUGUCCAAAUAUGCUGAUUUUUAACACUGACCAAGAAAUUGAUGCGUACAAUUUCAAUACAUAUAUUGCAAAAUUCCCCUCAUUGAACAACAUUGAUUGUGUUAGUCUUGGACAAGAACUCAAAAUACUUCGACUCUAUUUGAAAGCUCUUGGCACAUGUCGAAUCGGUAUAAUGAAUGACAAUGAAAUGGAAGAUAGCAAAACGGAAACUUCAGAUAGCAAAGAAUGCGUAUUGCUAGAAAACAACUGCAAAACAGGAGCUCAUAAAGAAAAGAAUCAUCUCAUGCACCGAUGCCAUGUAUGCACGUACAAGUAUAUUCUGCAGCGAAGAGCAUUAGGUGGAUCUUUGGCAAUGAAAAAUACGUUUCAUAUAUAUCACCAGAUUUUGACGCUUAGUGUUGACAUUGACGAGUGUGAGAGAGUAUUUUCUGCUCUUAAACAUGUGAAAAACAAGUUAAGAAACAAAUUAACUCAGGAACAUACGCGAGACACGUUACUAUGUUACUGCAAUGCGGACAUUUUAGAGGAAAUCCCUUUAGAUGAGAUUGUUAAUUUAUUUGCAGCAGGAAGCCAUGAACGACGCCGCCUUCUACUCGGAUAGUUUUUUUUAAUAUAUAUGUAUGUUUGUAUAUUAAGGUGUUUUAUAUAGUUCAAAAUAAAAAGUUUUCAUAAAACAUAUUUUCUUUAAAUGAACUUUUUGCACAGCCAUCGUCUUUUUUUAACAUGUCUGAGGACAGGAUAUUACGGAGUGGUUUAUUUAUUUGUCUUGCUUUGAGUUAAGAUUAUCC